CUGCAGUCGAUGUUUUGAGAGCUAAAUUUGAACAUUGUUAGAAAUGCCGUGGAAGAUGGAGGACGAGUUAAAGUGUGCGGUGUGUGAUUCGUUCUACACCAACCCUAUACUACUUCCUUGCACUCAUUCAAUAUGCCUGGGAUGCGCUACAAAUAUUCAGGUACCUAUACACCAACUUCCAACACCAUCUGAGGAUAGUUCACCAAGUUUGGCAGAGUUGGAUUUGACAGAAAUUGACAAACUAAGUUUACUGAGUGAAACAGACUCAGGGGUUGUAUGCAAUACAAAUAGUAGGCCAAACAGUUAUGUAGGAACACCAAGCAUUGGGAGUAUAUUCUUCAAUUCAAUACAAGGCACAACGCAAGGUUUGAAUUGUCCGAUAUGCAAGAAAAACAUUUAUUUGGACGAAACUGGAGUUGCUGCAUUGCCAAAAAACCGAAGUUUAGAAAACAUUGUUGAAAAAUAUUCUGCCAAUAAAGAAGUUUCAAUACGCUGUCAGCUUUGCGAAGGAUCUAGAAAUGAAGCCAGUGUUAUGUGUGAACAAUGCGAGGUGUUUUAUUGUAGCCCAUGUCGGGAAAAAUGUCACCCAGCCCGUGGACCUUUCCUAAAACACAGUUUGGUUCCUCCAGUGAAAGGAAAAACAAUCAUGCAUGAUAAAAAUCGGUCCCGAGAAUUAACAUGUAUAGAACAUAAAGACGAACAGCUUAGUAUGUUCUGUUUACUAUGCAAAACAUCAGUGUGUUAUAUUUGUGUGCAAGAUGGACGUCACAUCAACCAUGACGUCCAAGCCCUUGGUGCCAUGUGCAAAUCUCAGAAGUCUGAGCUAUCACAGAUCCUCCAGUCCUUAUCUGAGAGGGCCCGGACUGGCACAGAAUUCAUACAGGAUCUCAAGCGAAGCGUGGACCAAAUACAGGAGAACUGCAUAGAGUUUGAAGCCAGUGUUGUUGCACAGUGUGAUGACCUUAUAGAGGCUGUUAAACAUAGGAAACAAGAACUACUUGACCAUAUAGAAUGUGAAAAAGAUGAGAAGCAAAGAACACUGAGAGAGCAGGUGUCAACUUGUACAGGUCUACUGCAGAAGACUACUGCUCUGCUUCAGUUUAGUAUAGAAGUUCUCAAGGAGAGUGAUCCAGCGGCAUUUCUACAGGUGUCAAGUGGAUUGAUCCACAGGGUGUCAUCUAGUGAUGUCACAUUCAACAAAGAGAUGGGUCUUCAACCAGUGGUGUCACCUGACUUUGAAUUGACGCUGGACAAUGCAUCUGUCCUCCAUGCCAUACAGAAUCUCAACUAUUUUCAAUUGAAAGCUCCUGGGACCCCUAACAUAGUACCAGAGGAAUGUAGCGCUGAGAACAAUAGUGUCACCAUUGCUUGGCAACCGUAUCCAGGAAGUGUUGUUGAUAUGUACACCCUGGAGAUGGAUGAUGGUAACCAGGGACAAUUUAGAGAGGUAUACUGUGGUAGGGAGACUAUAUGUACAGUAGAUGGUCUCCACUUCCGCAGCAUCUACAAUGCCAGGGUAAAGGCACACAAUCAGCUGGGGAACAGCCCUUACAGUGAAUCUAUAGCCCUACAGACUGCUGACAUGGCUUGGUUUUCGUACGACUCCACUAAUUGUCACCCUGAUAUCGAGUUCUCCAAUGAAAAUAUGACGGUGACGUGUAGCGACAGAGAAGAGAGAACUGUCUUGUCUACAGUAGGGUUCUCUAAAGGUGUUCACUAUUGGGAGAUGAAGAUAGAUCGCUAUGACAACCAAUCUGACCCUGCAUUUGGCGUUGCUAGGUUUGAUACAACAAAGGAUGCAAUGCUCGGUAAAGAUGACAAGGGUUGGUGUAUGUAUGUGGACAGUCAAAGAAGUUGGUUCAAACACAAUGGACAGCACAAAGAAAGAACAAUAGGAGGCAUAAAACAAGGAUCUGUCAUAGGAGUCCUCCUAGAUCUCAAUCAACAUACAUUAAGUUUCUAUAUAAAUGAUGAACCACAUGGGCCUAUUGCGUUCACUGGACUACACGGUGUGUUCUACCCAGCUGUGAGUCUUAACCGCAACGUCCAGGUGACAUGCUCACCAGGCUUGGAUGCACCAAGUGAGAGUGAACACGAUGAUGUUAGUGAAUGAGCACAAGACCUUCAUGAAGAAGGCGAUAAAUCAAUCAAUCAGUGACAUCCAUUUGUCAUUGGUCAGUGGGGUAGAUUCUUCAAGCACAUUUUUGUGUACAACUAACUGUACACCAGUGUAAGAAGUUGAUAGGCUUCACUCCCGCCCAGAGACCAUGAGGGGUCAUAACUCAGAGGUCAAAGGUCAAUGAGUAACCCUGGAGGAAUAUGUGAUGAAUGACAUCCAAUCAAUUAAUAAUUAACAUUUUUUAUUUAGAAUGUAUUCAUGUAUUAAUGGAUCAGUAUCCAUAUACAUGUAUUAUGGAUCUCUUUUAGAAUAAUAAUUGACACUUAACAGACAAUUGAGUAGAUACAAACGAUGACAAUGCUGGUUUAAUCAAAUGUUGAGCAAAUUCAAUGAAAUGUCUGGUUUGAGUAUUUCAAUUAGUAAAUAAGAGAGGUGUCACACAUAUCCAAUUUUGUUCCAACCACAGAAUUAGGGUCGGAUCACAACAAAUUUUCCACCUGAACCGUUUCUAUUUUUUGUUGUUUUGUGACA